AUGGAAGGCAGGGAAAUCAGUUUCCAGUAUGCAAAUGAGUGCGACUUGGAGAUCCACUGCUCGUCUUUUGGACUUAGUGGCGUCUACAUAAAAGUGCCCGGCACAAAUGUCAUGGGCAUUGGAUCCACCAGAGGUUUGAUCACGGGAUCUUCCAAAGGUUCCAUCCAUUACAAUGACAAGGGCGAUUUUGAGAACCAGCGAUACAAGUUGUUUGCGGUGGUGGAAGACGACGGUAUGCUACGCAUAGACUUCAACAAGAUUGUGUCUCUUUCGUCUCCGGAAGACGAUUCUGCGCUACUGGAGGUGAAUACAGAAGAAGAGUUGCCGACGCUAGUAUUUACCGGCAAGUGUCCCGAGGGCAGGCCCGAAAAGAUCGAGCCGUUCAUUGGAAUAUUCUCUUUUGAGAAGGAGGAGUGA